UAACGUUUGAAACGAGACAAACUGCUCGUUCCAAGUAUUUCCUCAUCUUUGUGUCUCAUGUCGAGACGUCUCAUCACUUCCACUCGCUCGUGUAACGUCUGCUCGUCCUCUUAUCAGAUAAGUGGGUCGAUGAGGCAGAGGUUGGGUUUAUGGCUGGACACACACACGCACACACACACACACACCUUCUUGAUAAGACAACUGAGUCUCCUCGCUGCACCAGGUUCCCUUCAUUUUCCUCUUGAUUUACAUCAGCUACAUCUCUGCUUCUGAAACAGACGCUUGUUUUCUAACUGAAUGCUGUAUAAAGAUUUUUACUGUUCAAACUGAUGAACUUUAUUGUUUAUUUGUAAGUAAACACAACGUGAUGAGUGCAACACGCACCAUGAGAAGAACCAGUGUGUGGCAGCUCUGUUUGGAUCCUGUGUUCACACACUUCCUCUCUUGUCUCCAGUUGCUCUUUUACAUGUAGAGUGUGUUUUUCCAGCUUCAGUGGUCGGUGUGAUGAAACCACAGAGGUGAGCAGUUUGAGUGCUGACAGUAACUGUUUGUACUCUGUAUCCUUUCCGUUCUUAUCUCAGUUAUUUAAUUUUACUGCAGCACUAAACUUACUUAACAUGCUGAAAAUAGUUGCUAGUCAUUAGUGUUGAGGGUGGAGUGGAGAUGGCUGAGCAGCCCGGGCCCUCUCAGUCUCUGCAGCCGCCUCUGAGCACCAACAGUUCAAACUCCACCAGCCUGAGGGAGGAGUCAGUGCGCGCGCAGCACGCAGCAGAGCCGCGCGCCUCCACAGCACCUGAGCACCUUUCUCCUGUCGGCGCACACACGACGUGACCUUCCUGCUCGUGUCGGAAGUUUGAGGACCGUCGAGGAGUUUGACACGAUCCAGAUUCUAACGAGGAUCAGCGUGCGUAAAAGGUCUCCAACACGCGCGUCCUGAGGGAGGAGGAGGGGCGUCAGGCCGUCCAGGUGGAGCAGCUGCAGCCUGUUGAUCCGUCCGGACCGACCCGUCCACUUCACGGCGAGGAGGCGACACACAGAUGGCUCCAGAAACAACUUCCUGGUUCCUGGUGAAGACGUCCCUCUCCGCCCUGCAGGAGGCCGGGUGAUGUCCCGCUCUCCACCCCGUCAACUGACCAAUCAGCUGCACGCCUGCCACAGACUGAGCGGGCUGAUGGUGCAGGGAACAAAGGAGAUGUGGCACCUGAGCCGGGAUCUUUAAAACUACAUCCUGAGCAGAGGGUGUGGUCUGUGCAUGUGAUACACACUGCAGGACGCCUCUCACCUUACCAGCCACCUUCACAACAUGGCUCAGGUGUUUUUUUCCCCCACUGAUGUUCAGGUUACCAGACCUGCACACACAAAACACAGCAGUUCUCUGAGGUGAUCCAGAAUGAAAACCUGCAGAAUUCAGCAAGUGUUUCUUUACUUGUAACGUGAAUGACGAUGAUCAUUUCAGUUUACAAAGAUUGUUUGUUUCUGAGCAAAAAUAAACAGAUAUGAUUUAUUAAAACAAGCUAAAAGCAGAUUGAAAUAAAAGUUUUGGACUUAAUGUUUGUGACGUACUGUGAUCAGGGGUGUAAGCUUCUCUAUAACCUGAUGAAGGUGUUAGUAGACAAACGCUGCAGUGCAGAAGUGUUUUCCUGAUUUUACGGCCGCCGGUCUUCUUCUUGCACACCAGUUCUGUUCCUACGUACGGUGGAGAGGUACGAGUACUCAGCUGUGCCUCGUCCUGCACUUCACAUGUACUAUAAUUUGUAUCAGAUAUUCUGGUGAUGCAGUGUGUAAACUGUGGUUUUGCUCUGUACCUGUGAUCCUCCUCUGUGGAUCCUCUUCAGGUUUCUUCCAUCUUUUUUGUCUAUCUUAGACUUCUAAUCAUGACCUGUUACUAGUGUGAGAGACACAUACUGAUACCUGUUAAAAUGCUGAAUAUCAGCUCUGAUUAUCAGUCGACCUCUAGUUGAUAAGUAACCGAUCAAAUGAUCAAACAAUCUGUUCCUGUUGGACUGUGGACCAGGCCUCACAGUGUGGAGGGAGUGAACAUUAAUACAGCGGUGAAAUCUCUCUGGUCGAUCAGGCUGAUUUAAAGCAAACAUUUUAAUGUGUGUUCUUUGGAUGCUGAUUUAUUUUGCGCUGCUGUGUCGUCAGUCUCAGGCUGGAGGUUGUUCAUGUGUGUGAGCAGUCAGCACACAAUGACGAACACUAACUGGUGUCAUGUGCACGGCUGAAUUGGAAACGUGUGAUUCCCGUCUGUCGUUGUUGGAGGAGGAGGAGGGAGAAACGCUCCCGGGCCCGUUCUCGCAGGAUUAGAGAUAAAAAAUGUGGCCUUGUGUGCAGCCGGUCUGAGCUCGGAAUCCAAACGGAGGGAAAUCCAGUUCCCCACUGAACUUGUGUACCAGAAUCUUCCAGGUUUCAGUCUUCAGGGUCGACCUCGCUGCCUCCAUGUUUCCAAAUGUCCCUUUAUAUUCUGGCUUUGCUAUCCAGAGGGGAGGCAACAUGUCCGUGGUCCGCAGAAGAGUGAGCGUGCUCUGCGCGGUGAUGGCGCUCAACGUCUUCGUCUGCGUCCUCGUGACCGUGUCGUGGAACUUCAGGCGAGGCAAAAGUGGCCAGCAGAAGAUCAGAAUCCCCUCCAAGAGGUUUUGGCAGCUGCACGUAUGGAGCAAAUCCUUCUGGAACAAGGAGCAGCAGCGCCUGGACUUCAUCUACAACCCGCUCAUUAGGUCUGAUGUCUCUGUCGAGCUGCCGGAGUGGCUGAGCGACACCGGGCCGCUCGACCCCUGCGAACCAGACCACAGAGUCUCCACGCAGGUCUUCAACUUCAGCUCCCUGCCGCAGCACUUCCAGGAUUUCCUCCUGCACAUGCGCUGCAGGACGUACCCCAUGCUGAUAAACCAGCCGCACAUUUGUGACGACAAACCCUUCCUGCUGCUGGUCGUCAAGUCGCUCAUCCCACAUUUCGACCGGCGGCAGGCCAUCCGUGAAACGUGGGGACGGGCGGGCGUGUUCGCCAACAGGACCGUGGCGACCGUGUUCCUGCUCGGUAACAGCUCGCCGGACGACCACCUCCCAGACCUGCUGGAGAUGCUGGGCCACGAGGCCAAACUUCACAAAGACAUCCUCCAGUGGGACUACAGGGACACCUUCUUCAACCUCACCCUGAAGGAGGUCCUCUUCCUGGAGUGGUUCAGCCAAAACUGUCCGCACGCCCAGUUCAUCCUCAAAGGUGACGACGAUGUCUUCGUCAACACCUUACAGAUUAUUAACCUCCUCACAGGCCUGUCGGUGAAAAAGGCUAAAGAUUUGUUUGUAGGCGAUGUCAUCAGUAACGCCGGUCCACACCGAGACAAGAAACUCAAGUACUAUGUCCCGGAGAGUGUUUAUGACGGGCAGUACCCGCCGUACGCAGGAGGCGGAGGAUAUCUGUACUCUGGAGCGCUGGCUCUUCGCCUUCACAACAUUUCCCAGCAGGUCGUCCUGUAUCCCAUCGACGACGUCUACACGGGGAUGUGUCUGAAAAAGUUGGGUCUGGCCCCCGAGAAUCACAACGGCUUCAGGACUUUUGACAUCGCGGAGAAGGAGCGGUCCAACCUGUGCGUCUACAGGAGCUUGAUGCUGGUUCACAGCCGGACGCCUCAGCAGAUGUUGACCAUCUGGCCCUGGAUUAUCAAUCCUGAUCCGGACUGUCAGUGAUCAGCUGCGUCCAGUUCUGCUCAACCUUUGUUUGCACUGUUGUCAUUUUCAGCACCUGUUUAACAGGUUAAAUCCUCAAGUACGAGCAAAACCUCCAUGUUGGUAUUCUGAAGUCAUCCAGAUUAUUUAUUAAGUGUUUUCAGGUUGACUUUGUCUUUUCUUUUCUUUUCUUAUCCUCAAUCUGGAUGUAAAACAUCCAACACGUCCACUCACAGCAGCUCAGCCACAUGAUCUCAGCCCACCAGCUGAUCCAGUAUCAGUUUAACACCUGAAGUUAGCAAUGAAAUAACACGAUACAAACUGAAGCUGGCAGACAAACAGUUCACAGAUCAUGACUUACUAUGACUUUUGGGCUGUUAUUAAAGGUGCAAUAUGUGAACAAUCAGAACUGAGCUGAAAUAAUAAUAAUAAUAAUAAUAAUUCUGAGAUAUCUACAGACGUUAGCAUGCUAACCAGCUAGCCCCGGCCCAUCUGUGUCCAGAACAUUCCUUUACAUACGGUGUAUAUUUCACCUUUAAUAUUAUUAAUGCAGUCGACCCAGUGAGGUUUGGCACCAACGCUGCUUAGUAAGACUACGCAGAAAUACAUUAACACAUGUGGAACAACUUUAAAAGUACACAAACAACUUUAACACUAUAUUAAUACGACACAGAAUCACAUUUAAACAGUUAAAGCAGUCAGUGGUGAUGUGUAUUUUCGGAAAUGACAGAUUUUUGUUUUGGUUUGAAAAUGAUUUAUUGUAGAAUCAACAAAAACAGGAAGUUCCUCGUUGUCACAUUGCUGAAAUGUUUGUGUUUGUCUGCAUGUUGCAGUCGAUCUUCAGGGUUUCUGGAUGUUAUGAGUAAUAAAUGAUGGGUGAGCCUGAGAAUACAGGAAGUGUUGUUGUGUUUGUGACGUCUCAUGAGUCUGAUACAAGUUUGAAGAUUCAUUUUAUGAAGAAAAUCAAAGAUGUGAAAUGGAAAAUGUUUUGAGUUCUGGGUGAGUUGUGGUGAAACGACCCAACAAGUGUUUUUCUGCUGUAAAAUAAAAACUGCAGUUCCAGAAUCUGAACUCUCAAACCUGUGGAGGACUUCUGAUCUCUGCAGAUCGUGUUAAUGAUCAGCUCACCCACUGAUCCCACACAGAUCAAUAGUUUCUGUGUGAAACGUCUGACAAACACUUUUCUUCUUCAAACAGAUUUUCUUCUUCGUAGUUAAAAAGUAUCCGUCCAGUAAUUAUGAAUCGCUCCGUGUUCAGUUUCAGCUUCCAUCACCUCACCUGUGAUGUUGCUGCUGUUGCCGGGCAGAUUUCAGGCUGAGUUUAACUCUCGUCAAUGUUUCAGAGUCGACUCGACAAAACAGAGAAAUGAGUGAUUUUGUUUUUCCUCUCUGCUGCCUGUCAGUAUUGUUUCUGUGUUAUUUUCUUUCCAUUGGUUAAAAAAUAAAAGCAAAUGAAAAUA